UCCUGUGAGCUUUGGGAGCCAAUGAUAGACAGAGCACCGGUGUCCAUGUUGGCGUGCAGAAGGGCGUGUUGUCUCUAUUUAAACCGUGGGCUUUGCACGGAUUAUACAGACGCAUAUUACCUGUAGAGGACAUUCUCACUGCGCAGCCCCGCACCAGAACUUUUUCAAAAAUGGGCGACAGCAACCCAGUCAAUCAGGAGGUCGAGCAGUUCAACAAGCAAAAACUAAGGAAGACUGACACACAAGAAAAGAACCAUAUGCCAACCAAGGAGGAAAUUGAAGAGGAGAAGAAAGCCAUGAAAGAGGCGAAGUAACCAAAGCACAUCUGCCAUGAUUCCUCUCCUUUGCUCCUGCCCUGUUACCUGCUCUUCCACCAAUAAGGAAUCCUGUCCACCAUAUCCUCCUCUGUUUUCCAUGCUUCCAUAUUUGAUUAGAAAUGGUGUUUGGGUUGAUGCCGUGGGGAAAGAUCUGUCUGUAGUCCCAAGUAAAUCAAUUAAAUGGAUGUAUUUCAUUGUGCUUCUUUCCAUGCAAUUUAAAAAGGGCUGAGUAGAGAAAGAUAAAAAUUUAAUAGGGUUUAGGUUUAAAAAAAAAAGGAGAAAAUCAUGAAUAAUUGUAUCAGUGAGAAUCCAUCAGAGAGAA